AUGAGACGAUUCAAGAAACAAGAAGACGAGAAAGGUUUCCUGAAGCACGACGAACUCCAGGAUGAGUAUUACGCACAGGCUGGAGUGGCCCCCGGCCAAAUCCCCGACGACGGUUCAGGCGAGAAGUCGUGGAAGCGUCUUUUGGAGCCCAACUGUCCGUGUUGUCCGGGAAUCUCGAAGCGUCUCACAGUUGCUCUGCUCUCUUCCAUGGGGUUCCUCAUCUCCUUCGGCAUUCGAUGCAACAUGGGAGUUGCCAUCGUCAAGAUGACCGCCAAUAGCUCCGAUACUGAGAAAGCGGAGUUUGACUGGUCCCCAGAGACGAUUGGCGUCAUUGACUCUUCAUUCUUCUGGGGGUACCUCAUCACUCAGAUACCGGGCGGCUUCCUUGCUGCCAAGUACCCUGCCAACAGAGUGUUCGGCACUGCAAUCGCGGUGUCGGCUUUCCUGAAUAUGCUCAUCCCUGGAGCGGCCAAAAUCGGCUUCUCUAUGGUCAUGGUUGUGAGAAUCCUUCAAGGACUCGUUGAGGGAGUGACGUAUCCCGCCUGCCACGGCAUCUGGCGGCAUUGGGCGCCUCCACUCGAAAGGAGUCGGUUGGCCACACUGGCCUUUUGUGGUUCCUACGCCGGCGCCGUCGUCGGUUUACCACUUUCAGGUAUUCUCACCGACUAUGUGAGCUGGCAGGCAUGCUUCUACUUCUACGGAGCAUUCGGUGUAACUUGGUACAUGUUCUGGCUGUGGUUAUCAUUCGAGAAGCCGGCACGCCAUCCGACCAUAACUCAGGCGGAACAGAUUUACAUAGAGAACAGCUUAGGUCAAGUCAACCAGGUGGCACCCACGCUUCGAACUACGCCGUGGAAGAACAUCUUCACAUCGCUGCCCGUGUACGCCAUCAUCGUGGCCAACUUUUGCCGAAGUUGGACCUUCUACCUGCUCAUCAUUUCGCAGCCCAGUUACUUCAAACAGGUCUUCCACUUCGAAGUAGACAAAUCAGGGUUGCUGGGUGCUCUUCCUCACCUUCUUAUGACUCUCGUGGUUCCCCUUGGUGGCCAACUCGCCGACUUGCUUCGCCGGCGACAGAUUCUUACAACAACGGCGGUCCGAAAGAUCUUCAACUGUGGAGGAUUUGGAAUGGAGGCCGUGUUCCUACUAGUGGUGGGAUAUACACGAAGUACUCCAGCGGCCAUAUUCGCACUGACACUAGCGGUAGGCUUCAGCGGAUUUGCCAUAUCAGGCUUCAACGUGAAUCACUUGGAUAUUGCCCCUCGAUACGCCAGCAUUCUCAUGGGGCUGUCCAACGGUGUCGGCACGCUCGCGGGCAUGCUCUGUCCCAUCGUAGUGGAGUACAUCACAGACAAAAAGCUCCACGGAGGAGACGACGCGUCGCGGUGGGAAAAAGUGUUCCUCAUCGCCAGCUUGAUCCACUUCGGUGGCGUCAUCUUCUACGCCAUCUUCGCCUCCGGUGAGAAACAGUAUUGGGCAGAGCCUCCUCGAGAAGAAGAAGGGCCAUCCUGGAACCCUCUGGAGAAUGCCUUCAAAGAAGAGCCACCGGUUAACGGGUCCUCCCUUACCGCUGGCGUCCAGAGGCAGACGUCGUACGGUGCCACCGCCGAGACGGCCUUCCCGGUCUACGAGACGCGAGAAGAACACGUCCAACAACCCGCCACAGAUCCCUAUAUGCAAGACAACCGGGACUUCUAACACGAAACCAGGACGAACACGAAGACGUCAUGUCUUCGCCGCCCGAGGUUCGAGAAUGAUAUUGAGGGGAUGAGGUGGACAACAAAGCCCACGAUUCAUCUGCGCAUGAGAGCAGAAAGACUCCUCGUUCUGGUGCGCGGUGUCAAGUGUAGGGACUUUGGUGUCCUUACACCUUGCACGGGUACGCCAUGUGUAUCUUACGUGAAGGUCGCACACUUGGGCCUUUCCAUAUGCCUUCCUCGGGGCGGAGCUUGACAUAAUGUGGUGAGAGUUCAUUGCGACGAAUAGUGAUUGAUUACAUUACCCAAAAGAUGGUAAGACCAAGUCCGAUAUGAGGGAACUCUUCCACGUUGGCCUUGGAGAAAGGGACCUCCAAGUUCUUAUAGGUCUGUCAGGGAUUCGAAUGCGUUGCAUUGAUACACUAACUACAUGAAGGGAAUAGUGGACAUUGUGCUGCGUUUGAAUCGUAUUUGAGGAACCUGAAUUGAAUUAUGGGUUCAAUUCAAGUUCUUCAACUGUAGCAUCACCUUCCGUCGGUGCUCUAAUAUACGUGAGAAACAUUACAGAAAAUAAAGCAAUUAAAAAUGUCGUAGGUUGUUAUCCCCGCAACGAUAAGGCAGAAAACAUUCCGAGUUGAAGAAUCCUGUCGAAAAAUAACUGCCACCAUCUUGUGACAGAAUGACGAAAUCAAACGUUCUGUCAAGGAAGAAAACUCUGAACAUAAGUUGACCUAGUGUCACCCGGCGACUUACAAGACACAGUCCUCUAGCAGUCGCUGAGACACAUGCGGCGAACUACUUAUCCCACACAGCAAUGCCUGUUCUUGUACAUACUAGCAAUAUUAGGAACGUCGACUGCUCUCAUGCAGCAGCUAAGUCACCUAUACUGGCUGUGAUCCAUGCAAUGGAAAGCGGCGUAGAUUCGGCGAGAGGUUGUGAUAUUACCCUCGCUGCCUGUGGAAUGCCUACACUGUUAGAAAAAAGAUAUUUAGAAAAUCCCGCUAUCCUUUGUCGCCAGUAUAUCGUGUAGUUUCAGCGGCGCCAAUUCGCAAUACUGGUUAUAAAAGCUCCUCGAACAUCACUGCGCAACCACUGUACCACUUUCGGAACCGUCACAUGUAAUUCCAUCAAGCGUGAUACUUGUUGUUGUCUGCAAAUGAUCUCUGAUUUGAUAGCAAUAUUAGGUGUAGACGAAGAGGAAGAAUGAGGAGGAACGUUUUGGUAGGAACGUGCCAGGAACAGGACUACAUGUCUAUACAACUGAGUAUUAGGAACGCAUACAGUAUAGGGUUAUGUGAUUCUGGGUUGCUUGGUGUUGAAAAGGCGAAUUGGAGUGUCAUUCCGGUAUGUUUACCACGCGUUAAAACAGUAAGCCAGUGUCAGCAGGUUAAAGAUCUGCAAUGGCAACAAAAGCUAGCCGGAUUUUCAUUCAGUCUACAGCUAUAUAGCUAACAGUGUGUCACAAUGAUCUCUCGAGUCAAAAUCUCGCAUUAAUGGUUGUGGCGUUCGUUUUGACAUUUUCCGAUACUAUAUAGAUAUCUGGUGUGGUUCCGUGUUGCCCUCACCAGUGGUGAGGGCCAUCAAUAAGCAACCGUGCCCUUAUGAUGCACGGCUCAAGUUGUGCGCUCAAGAGUGCACUUUGCGCAAUGAGUGCAAGAAUCAAGUAUUAUGUAAACGUUGAGCCAAAUCGUUUUCGUUAAACUUGGUCAGAAAAGAUAAGGUGCGUGAGUAACGCGCUACACGUAUCGGUAGAGAGGAAAAUGUUUGCUGUCUGUGGUGCAAUAUGAUAAUAUUGACGUUAUGAGAAUACGAAAGGAAUGGAAUGCUUUGGCAGCCACAGCUGGACAUUGAAAUUUCGGUUACACUAGCCUUCCAAACUCCAGCGACUUGUUUCUUACUUGUUCCAUUCAUUCAGCAACUUAUGUAAUAGUUAUUUUUCUUCGUCGUACAUAUCAUUCGCUGCUGGAAAGUUUGCUGAAGAUGCUGAGACACACAUUGCCUUAAUGGGUUACUUGUCACACCGCAUUAACUGACCAAGGAGGGGGGAGGAGACCAACCUAAAAAUGAACCUAUAGCAAUUUUUAUUCGUCCUGAGACGAAGGACGCGACCUUCAAGCUGAUGGCAUCUCGAAAUCGUCCAGUGUGUUAACGAAAAUUAACCUAAAAUAAUCUAGAGUUAACCUUAUAAGACGAGUAUGAUGAGCUACAGCUGGAAUUGUCGAAAUUUUUUAUAAUUUCUCAUUUUCAGUUAUUUUAACGCAGAUUAUGUAUAUUGUGCCGUAAUAAUUGAAUGUGAUGCUUAAAUUAGUAAUGCAUACUGGAAUUAACGGUGGUGUACACAAAUCCUUCAUGUCGUCAAGCAACAACAACAUGAAUGUCGAUGGGAUGAGGUGAAUGACCGCAGCAUUUGCGAUGCCGUCAGAAGCUGCAACAAAAGCGUAUUCUCUGUUUGAAAUUAUCUCUCGACGAAAGUACCUAGAGUACAGAUUCGGUCAAGAGUGCACCUCAUAGGCAAAAUUGCAUUGCACCACUCAUUAAACGUGUAUUUAACCCGUUGUCAUGGCAACGAAUGGUUAUCGAAAUGUUACAUAUUCGGCAUGGCGUCGCUGCUAAAGGUCUGUCAGGUGACAAAGCAGGUCCAUGAAGUAUGGUGCUAGACGUUAUGUUACUGAGUUUCGCUCGUUAUUACGCUAUGUGUUACGCGAGAUUCGGAUCCUGAGAAACACCAGAUGUUACAAUUCGUCUCCCCAUUCUUGUGUCGAGGGCGACUUCUUGGAAGAUACAUGCAUGCCGUUGAUUGUCCAAACAGUGUUUUGUAGAUAGGAUAUGACGUAUUUAUUUGUAAGAAAGUGGAGUGUUGGUGGAAUAUUAUGAAAAAAAAAAAUACACGUAGCUGUUUAAUGAUCAGGAAGGUUAUAUUACUCUCAUUUUACGGUAACGCUUACGAUACAUAUUAGGAACGCGACCUCCAUAAACGUUUCAACAUCAUUUCAUCAAUUUCAGGAUAAAAACAAGUUAUACUCGCUGAAAGAGAAAAGCGGGAAUGUACCACACUGUCUCUUUUUCUUACUUGUAAAUGACCCAAUUUCAUUAUGCACAUAACACGUGACUUGUUCACGUGUCCCUUAACCGGAAGGCGUCCUUUGCACAGAUACAAGCGUUUGUGUCAAGUGCAUUCAUCCCCGAGCCCUAUCCAUCUAUCUAUCAACCCAUCUAACAUUUACUCACGCGUAACAUUGUAACUCGUAUGUGUGUGUGAAAGCUCUACGUGUAGCCUGAGGAAUGAAUAUUGUGCAGUGUGUGUGCAUUCAUAAGCCACUGUACAUAGCAUUCAGCUGAGAGAACAAAUAGUGGUGAACCAUGAGAAGCAACGUGAUUAUCACUUAAGGAAGUCAUGCAGGCGUCUUAUUUCUAAGUACGACACAUUGAAUUUUCAGGAUAAACCGUCUUUGAUAAACCGGGAUUCGCGUCCAUUCGUGGGGACAGUCCAUUUCGAAACUAGAGUGGACCACAUUAUCCCACGCCAAGUACAAUUGCUAUUCGCUUGAUGUUGAGAGCAUGGCCUUGAGAAAAGGGGCAUACGCCCCUCUCACUCUCACUCCACCUGCUAGGGAGUGACGUCACGCUCCGACUAUCUGAUAUCUAAGCACUUUUCGGACGAAAAGAAUUAGCUAAGUAGAUUGUCGGACGAUGGCGAACAGAGUGUUCCAUGGAUGGCUUUCUCGAUGCGUCCCAUUAAAGGUGGUGACAAUUAACGUUGUUUCAGUUGUCCACCAUAUUUCGCUGUGCCAUGAAUUUUCACUGCGCAAUCCAAUUGAAUGAUGCCACGAGUCCCCGUGCCUUUCUUCCGAGCUCACGCGCAGCUUACACUAAGAUGUCUGAAUACCAGAUCCCUCUGUACAGAGAGGGAGCUAGUAUUCAGUCACCCUGCGCAGGGCUACGUCGUGGGUCGCAUGAUUGACCCUGCCAGAGGGACGUGUGACGUUACAACGUAUCCUCAUUCCCCGAUACGCUCUUUUGAAGCGUGGAGGAUUUUUGUAACUGCUGGUCAUUUUUACAUACUUGCGCAUUUUUAUUUUUCACCAUGUACGUUCUUGAAUUCACGCGAUGGAUAUUCCAAAAAUACGGCAAAACUACAUAUUUACUUCGAGGAAGAAAAGGACCGUCACUGCAAAGAUAUAAAGUAGAAAAAAAAACACGUUCACGCAUCGGGAAGUAACGCUAUGAACAAAUUAAUAAUGCCAGCACUUUAAUUUUCGCAUACAUGUAGUUGUGUCCUGCAACAGUAACGUAUUACGAAAUUCCUGUUCGUUGCUCUUUUUGACAACUGUUCGACAACGAAGGUGUAGUACGACCGAAUAUGUUUUAAUUACAGAUUAUAAACCAGUGAUAUAUCACCAAUAUUACAACCAUCUAUAUCGAUAUGUUAUGUUGAGAAUGAAAUUCAACUAUUCAGAAACGACCAUGUCCCAGCUCAAGGGCAAUUGCACCUUCGUUCGGCGUUUUCUGUAUCAUGUACCUGCAUGCUUAUUUGCUGAAUUACCGAGUAUCGUCAUUAGAAGAAAGUUGUUGUCGUCCUUACUGAAUCGUUUAAAACGAAAACAACAAGAAACAUUUGGAAAAAGAAAAGACGGCAGGUCCAUAACAACGUCCCCUUCCUGUCGAUAUGAAACGUACGCCUUUGAAUCGUCCGUAAAUUCCUGUCGUUGCUUCUCGUGGUUGGUCACUGUUGUGAGUACUUUUUUAAAUAUAAAAACGCCGAAACGAACACUAAAAAAAGAUCACACACAACCCGAACGUCUUUCAAGGUCACUCUCACCGAAAUCCCCCCUCAUCCGACACGCGCCGUGUCUGAAGUCGCGGGGGAUAUCUUCGAGGGCCAAGUUCAUAGUUGACUUUUCAACUGCUGCGUAGCCCUCACCCUACUGCACAAAAUGCCUUAUUGUUAGGGCUUCCGGUUUUCACGGUAGACAGUGUACAUAAUAACGAAUGAUGGAAAUGAACAAAUAAGAUGAACACCAUUCGUCCCUCGGUAACGUUUCGGCGUUACGGUUUGGUGCGGAGUUAAAUUAAUUAAACUCCCACAAUUUUUAAUUAUCGAUUCAAUGUUCAUUAGUAGCUCAGGUAAAAUCGCGGAACCAAGCCAAGACCCCUAAAUUUCUUCGGCAUGCGCUGCGCAGGGGAGAGGGUAAAUCACUUGACCACUCACGCAGAAGAAACCAAGUGCGCCCCGCGGGAGGGGGACGAAUGAGGUCCUUCCAGAGACAGCAGGGGAGAGAGGGACACCGGAGAGCUGCGCAAGCAGCUGACCUAUUUUCACAGCGUAUAUUGUCCGAGUCCACCCGGAGUUGGUGGUAACUAGUGUGGCGGCUAAUAACUAGUAUACCCUAACGCGGAACGAGUCAACUCGAGGAGCCGGCUCCACACGUACUUCUGAAGUAACAAUCUUCAUAUUUUUAAUCCAAUGCAAUCUCCCCAGGAUGUGCACAUAGUUGGCAUACUCUAUAAAACAGAAUAUAGUUACACCUUUUUCUCGUGCGAAAGAGUGGAUAACCGGAAGCCCUAGCCAGUUUCAUUGGCAAGUAGAGCUUGCGUAUGUUGUCUUGUUGAUGCUGAGCCGUGACGCACCAUUAUUCACAGUCGUAUUCACCGCCGCUGUACAGGUCACCGUAUUUCGUCGUGUGUGGUUGCGAAAGUAGUGUACGUUCCCGUGACCGUGCAUUUCCGUGAAACACAAGGAAUUUCCAGGAGUAAGCUACGACUACCAGUCAGUCUUGAUCGAAUGCUUGGUAGUUGUUACAUUACUCGUACAGUAUUACGACAUUUGUGUUUCCAUACAAAGCAACACAAUAUGUAUGCACAGUCAUUGUUGCCAUCGCAUAUCUAAGUCCUAAAAUGACGCGUUAAUUUAGGCAUUUCUUCGCAAUACUUAUGUAGUGCAAAUAUCAAGUGUGAGUAAAGUAACACGAGUCGCCAAACUGUAACCACCGAUAGUGUUAUAAGCGUGUAUAAAUUACGCAAUGUCAGACCUCGUGUUCACGUAAAGGAAAACUGUAUGCCUUCAUCUCUUUAGAACGAACAACAAGUCCAGCAGAAUGUACAGCUCCCAACGUUGUUGCUUAAUAUUUGCUUUUACCUCUUUCUCUCGCAGAUAAGGCUCCGGCGCUGUGCGUCGACUCGUCCUUCGUUGGGCUUGGAAAAUUUAAUGGAGAAGGUUAUAGCUUUAUUCGAACAAACAAAAAACAGCGACAUUCGAGGCACGUAAAAGUGCUUUAUAACAAAGUUCCACCUAAGAACGACACGAAAUGCAGCCCGUCAAACCCAACAGUGUUAAUCCGCCGGAGAAGUUAUACCCCAGCGCCAUCAGGUGCCGCCUACAGGGCUCUUGUUCCUGUAGUUACCUGUCGCGACGUAGACUGAUGCGGCUUGCUAUUAUAGCCAAUAGAAACACGCGUAGGGCGGCUUGCCAUUCUUAGAUUGAACACCAGUAUAUACACAAAAAUGCGAUUCGAGGAAUGGGCACUGCCAUUAGUGCGUCACCCGUGGCAGGCAUAGGAACUGUGUACGUGUGGACUGCCGUUUGCAGAAUUACUUCAUUUUCCCGUAUGUGUUUUCGUUCAUUUUCGUGUCCGUUCGUGUUCAUUUCGUGCCCGUUCAUUUUCUCAAGCUAGGGGACCGCUGUAGAAAAGAUAUCGCUUCAGCCAGCACUCUUCGCGUGAACAACAGUGCAUAUCGCACGCGGAAGCAAGCAAUCUUCUUUUUCCUUCAACUUUCGAACGUUGAUACGCUACUGAGAUGUUUACCGUAUGACUAAUUAUAUAGAAUGUUACGUUAUCGUCAGUCAUACUCAUUAAAGACGGCGGUCACCAGUAUUCAUCCCAGUGGGAAGAACAAGUUUGGCAGUCCAAGUCGUGGGAAUGAGGCUAGUGAGCGCACGGAGACCGGUGGUUUGAGAGUAACGCGGCAAGGUCUAUAGUGAAUGAAAUUAUGGAGCUGGUUUUCAGACUACUAGGCAGAUCGAUGUUCGAUUUUACCUAGCCCUCGAGUCACCAACGAAGGGAGCACCACGCAACUGUCGGGAACCAGAAUCAAGACAUGUACUUCCUUGACAAGCGCGUGAAAAUCGACGGUACCCCGUCAUGUCUUCAGGUUCACCUGCUCUUAUUCGCCCCCACGUAUUGUGAGACCUCCUGUUGUAAGUUGCACGUGUUUGCCCGUGACAAUGUAGUUUCGUAAGAGCAUUUUGGAUAUACUACAACUCUAUAUGCUCAUCAGGGAGAACUGUUAUAUACUUGUAAAUAGAUGAUAGUACGCGUCCCACGCAUUCAUAGUUCGUGGCAUUCAUAGUUUCAGAGACGUUACUGACAUCGCGGGUAAGGCCGUUGACUUCCGUUGCGUACAAUAGUUUAUGAAGUAAAGUAAACGAAACGAAUAUUCCACCAACACUCGCCUCUUAGGACCAGUUUCGUGGGGCCGGCGUAUCUGUAGACCUUUUUUCGCAGGACUGGUGCAUCUGUUUCACAAUUCUGUUUCACGCUUCAUGGCCUUCGCGUUGAUUUACAAGGCAGAUAUUUUGACGUCUGCAGCUCAUGUUUUAAAGGAACUGUCCACAAAACCGUUGACCUGUUUCGUGUUCAUAAACUAGCUACACCGACCUUGCGAAACACAGGUCAUGCUUCAUUCCUUGAGACCCUGUAUCAGGAAUAAAGAUUUAUCCGUUACCACGUUGGCGGUAUGUUAUCAUCGUAGAGUUCAUUUGUCGACAAAUACAGAAAUAAAACAUUAACCGACGGUCCCAAACACUGUUGCUAGUCAAUGUACCUCUGUUGUCCAUAUGGGAGUAGUCUUGAAGUUGCGAAGCGAGUGGAAAGAUGCUUCUUGUACGUGUUGUAAGGCGGCACCUGGUUAACGUCUUACAUGAAAGCCCUCUCGCGGGUCGUCCUAUGACAUGAAGCGCGUGUGUACAUAACUAGCUCUUCAAGUAAUAAAAUGUCGGUGUGCGUGAAAGAUAAAGCUGUUGAAGCCACAGGUUGCUAUCAAAACACAUCAAUAAUGUGAUACUGUGAGUGUUCUCUCUGACAUUGUUGAUUUUGAUGUUAUUUAAGUGUACAGUUAUUGUAUAUAUGAUUACCGUUAAAUCACUGUGGGAGUCAGAUAUUGAGUGUCAUGUCUUUUAAACUAUCAUUUUUUGCCACAAAUGUCUUAGGAAGCUGUGCCCUUUGAUGACAUACUCAUCGUUAGUUUAAAUCAAUUCACUCGUUGUAACAAACAUUGUGUUUUCAUUUCUCGAGGCGAAAGCAAUCAGCCGGAAAUGGUGCAUUGUUCGUAGCAUUCGCCGUUUCAGCUACCUGGCCGAAAGUUCAGAACAUAAAUGUUGAACAUGUUGAAGUAAUACAAUCGAAGGUAAAUACAUGUGCCAGUAUUCGAGCUCACCAGACAACUUUUUCGAGUGAUCUGGCACGAAAUAUGAGGGGAAUCGACCUACUGGUAGCACUCACAGAAAGCUUCAACGUUAGAAUACAGCCAUAUUUGACGUGUAGGGGAAACAAUGCCAUUUGGCUGUUUGCUUUUGCGGCCUCGUGUUCAGACAGCGUGGUUUUACAGCGUGUUUUUCCUAGCUGUGCAUGUUAUACAUCUACGCAGCAGAGUUAGGCAAUGCGACAACCAUCUAAUUUCUGAGCAAUACUAUGUCUGUCGAAACUACUGCAUAUAUGACUGUGAACAAUGACUAUCUUUACUGCUAUACCAAUCACUGCAAAGAAAACGAGCAAAAUUGUCGUGUUCUUUUUCCAUGUUUUUCUUCUGUAGCGAUCGGUGUACUAUUAUUUAAUAGACAAUCAUAUUAAAAAGACACCUUG